AUGCAAUUUACUAUCAUUGAAGCUAAAAAUUGUCCAACUAUCGAGAAAACAAGUUCUUCACAAAGAAGUUUGAAUUCCAAAUUAAAAUGUCUUCGAUUGUUUACUGAACAAUGUCAAGAUGGGGAUUGGUUCGAUAUAUGCGAUAGUAAUGAGUUACUCUCAUCGCUUUUUAUUUGGAAUAUACAAUCUGCUUGUGCUCCAGCGUCUGGGAAUUCUGGAAGGCAAAGAUAUUGGCUAUUAUACGAACAACCUCAUUUCACUGGUCCCUACAUACGUCUCGGUCAUGAUAGAUGUGUAGACAACGUUUAUCAAUACAAAUUAAUAUCAAUCUCUUCAGUACUUAUAUGUACACAGAAUUUACAAGCUACACCCUAUCCUACAGUGAAUUGUCAUUAUCCAAAGCAACCAUGGAGACAGUUACAAUCCCUGGUGCAUCAUGAAGAUACUAAGGAUAAACCAAAAGAUGGUGUCAGUCAAACAGAAAUCCGGUUCAAAGUAAAAGGGGCAGCACUUGUCACACUGCAUAAAACUCAAAAUUUAACUGAUUUAUUAAGAGAAAGUGUAAAUAAUAAAUAA